UUCACGGCUGAUGUCCUGUUUAAUGUGUGAGAGAUUUUCCGUUCGUCACCGUCUGCCCGUUCAUCACUUCUCCACUGUCCUCCCGUCGCUUUCUUACCAGCUGAGCGUUCGCGUAAAAUGGAAAUCUGAAGUGCUUCACUUUCGCCGUUUCUCACGUUUCUGAGAGUAAAAGCUCCAGCAUUGGCGUGUCCCUUUUAGAAGUGAUCAUCUCUAUGCCCUAUUCCCUUCGAAGACAAUUACACUCCACUUUGAGAGCUUCAGAUGGCUGAAAGGCGAUAACGGUCCCAGGAUAAUAAAAUUACCAGGGCUUCCUCUCAUCAACACUCUCCUCUGCUGGCCGUGCCUGGCUUCUGGAGGACGUGUUCCCCCCUGCUUCUCCACACUGCCUCGGACACCAGGAUCCUGCUGCCACGUCAAUCACGUCCUCACAGCUGGCUGCAGGGCGGCCCUCGUGGCCAGGAUGCCACUGUGUACCCUGCCAGUCGGCAGUGGAUCCUGAGGGGCAGGAGCUGCCCAUCCAGUGCAGGGGGCAGAAGAACAAGCACCCUGAACACGACAUGAACCUCUGCUGGAACGAAAUCAAACGCAAAUCCCACAACAUCAGGGUACGGCUGGAAGCCUUUUCAGACAACAGCGGGAAGCUCCAGCUGUCCCUGCAGGACAUCAUUGAAUGGCUGACAGCAAAAGAUGAGGAGUUGUCUGAGCAGCUGCCCAUCGGUGGUGAUUUCGGAGCAGUGCAGCACCAGCAGGAGUUCCACCAGGCUUUCAUGGAGGAUGUCAAAUCCAGAGGGCCAUACAUCUACUCAGUGUUGGAGUCUGCUCAGACCUUCCUGGCACAACAUCCUUUCCAGGAGCCCGAGGAGACAUUGCCUGAUGGCAAAGAGGUUUCACCUCGGAGGCGAAUGUUGAAUGUAAGUCGCUCUGUGUGGAAGCAAGCCAAUGUGGCUAGUGACCUGUGGGAGAAACUGACGGCACGCUGCGUGGACCGACACCGGCAUGUGGAGCGAACCCUUGAGAGGCUGCUGCAGAUCCAGACCGCCAUGGAGGAGUUGACUUUGGCUCUGGAGCAGGCGGAGGGAGUGAGGGAUGCCUGGGAGCCUGUGGGAGACCUGUUCAUCGAUUCUCUGCAGGACCAUAUAGACGCUACUAAGCUGUUUAAGGAAGAGCUGUGCCAGGUAAAGGAAGGAAUGAAACACAUAAAUGACCUGGCCCACCAGUUGGCCAUAUCUGAUGUGCACUUGUCUAUGGAGAACGCCAGAGCCCUGGAGCACCUCAACAACAGAUGGAAAUUUCUCCAGGGGUCCAUUGAAGAGCGUCUGAAGCAAUUGCAGGAUGCCCACAGAGAUUUUGGCCCCGGAUCACAGCACUUCCUUUCCAGCUCUGUGCAGAUUCCUUGGGAACGUGCCAUAUCCCCCAACAAAGUGCCAUACUACAUCAACCACCAGGCCCAAACAACCUGCUGGGACCAUCCAAAGAUGACCGAAUUAUACCAAGCUUUGGCGGAUCUGAACAACAUCAAGUUCUCUGCAUACCGAACGGCCAUGAAGCUGCGGCAUGUGCAGAAGGCUUUAAGAUUGGACCUUUUGAAGUUGAGCAGCGUAGUGGAUGUCUUUCGAGAACAAGAACUGCAGCACUCUGAACAUAUGAUGGAUGUAGUGGAGGUCAUCCACGCUCUCACCUCCCUGUACGAGAGACUAGAGGAGGAGAGGUCCGUCCUAAUCAACAUCCCCCUCUGCGUCGAUAUGUGUCUCAACUGGAUGCUCAAUGUUUAUGACAGUGGUCGUAACGGUAAGAUGCGGGUGCUCUCGUUUAAGACGAGCCUGGUGAUUCUAUGCAAUGCAGACAUCCAGGAAAAGUAUAAAUAUCUUUUCCGACAGGUGUGCGGUCCAGGUGGACUGACAGAUCAGAAACAUCUCAGUUUGCUGCUGCACGAAGCCAUUCAGAUCCCUCGACAGCUGGGGGAGGUGGCCGCAUUCGGAGGGAGCAACGUCGAGCCCAGCAUCCGCAGCUGCUUUCGGAUGGCUCCUGGUAAGUCAGCAAUAGAGGUGUCUCACUUCUUGGAGUGGAUGAGUCUAGAGCCUCAGUCAGUGGUGUGGCUUCCUGUUUUGCACCGGGUCACUGUUGCCGAGACAGCCAAGCACCAGGCACGCUGCUACAUCUGUAAGCAGUGCCCUAUAAAGGGCUUCAGAUAUCGAAGUCUGAAACAGUUUAAUGUGGACAUCUGCCAGACAUGUUUUCUCACCGGCCGGACAACCAAGGGCAAGAAACUACACUACCCCAUCAUGGAGUACUACACCCCGACAACCUCAGGUGAAAAGAUGCGGGACUUUGCUAAGACACUGAAGAACAAGUUUCGCUCAAAGCAGUAUUUCAGUAAACACCCACAGAGGGGCUACCUGCCCGUCCAAUCAGUGCUGGAGGUGGAGAGCUCUGAGACGCCCUGCUCAUCUCCCAGGCUGCCUCACGCGGACACACACAGCCGGAUCGAGCACUUUGCCAGCAGGUUGGCAGAAAUGGAAAACCAGAGCUGCUCCUUUUUCACUGACAGUCUUUCUCCUGAUGAAAGUUUGGAUGAAGAUCAGUACCUCCUACGUCACUCCAGCCCCGCACUCGAGCAGGACUCACCCCACGGCCACCUGCUUGCCCACCUGGACUGCCAGGACAGAGAAGAGCUUCAAUGCACUCUACACCGCUUAGAGAAUGAGAACAGGGUGCUGCAGGGCGAAUAUCGGCGGUUGAAGUGGAGGCACGAAGAGGCAGCAGCAUCCCCCCAGCUGCUGGAAUUAGGGCCAGGUUCACCAGCCGGUCAGCAGGACGAGGAGCUCCUGGCCGAAGCUCGAGUCCUCAGGCAACACAAGACCCGUCUGGAGACACGCAUGCAGAUUCUGGAGGACCACAACAAACAACUGGAGUCCCAGCUAUGCAGACUCAGAGAACUUCUGCUGCAGCCCAAAGAUGAUUCGGAGGCCAAUGGCUCGGCUCCUUCCUCUCUGUCCUCACCUGUGUCAGGGGGUGGCCACCGGGGGGAGCCUCCCAACAGAGAGACAACAGACACAGAAGCAGUAGGACACUGUGCUGCAGCUACAGCAGGUAAUCGAGCAGCUGAGGAACGUCUUCCCGUCCGAGCCAGGUCCAUGAAGAACCUGAAUCAAAACUCAGAAGCCUAUAAUUGUGCAGGUACCAUAUUGCUCAUCUUAUCGUGGGCAGGGCCUUGAGUAUGCAAGGCUAGCGAAAUGAUGGACAUACUAGGAUGCUGCGAGAGGGGGACAGACACCCCCCUGGCCCACCCCUCUCAGUCUGCGGCCAAUUGCCAAUCCCAAAGAGUUGUGGGAUAUAUGAGUGCAAACUAAACAAACUAAUGUUUACAUGGUGCCAAAGGCCUGCAAUGAUCCGGACACUGUGCUAACCCGAGAAGUAAUGCGAGAUGUGUGGCUUCAUCCGUACAGCACAAGAACCACAAACAAGACUUUCACCUUGCAAAGGGGGAGGUGCUUCUCUCCUUAGGUAUCCCUCUGCCAGCAACUUCUCUGUGUUUUUACAUUUUUCAUUUUAAAAUGGUUUACUGUUUUUACGUGACUCACUCAUGCAUAUGCAAACACACACGACUUACCAUGGUAAGUCGUGCUUGGAGCUUGUUCUGUGAAGCAGAAAAGAGCAGAUUCCCUGGAACUGCCGAUACACAAGGCAGGCUUAUUUACACUGUAGGUAUGACACAUCUUCAGCAGAGGCUAUCAUUUAUUUAAGAUGCCAAAGUGCCCACGGGCAUUCUGGUCCCACCCUGACUUUUCUUCUCCACUGGGUGUCUUUCCCAUAUUUUCCUUUUUCUCUUUCACAUAGCACUAUCAUCAUGAGUGCAAAUCAAAUACAUACACAAAAUUACCAUUUUUACUAAACCUGCCAAUGGUGAGUGAUUUGAGAAUUUACCAGCCAUAAACAUUUCUUUCCAGCCAUGAAAUUGUAUUUUUACAUUACAGUAUGUUGCAGAACAUCUGUGCCAAGUACCACACCAAACAACAUUUCAAUGCUUAAAGGGAUAGUUCAUACAAAAAAUGAAAAUUCUCUCAUCAUUUACUCACCCUCAUGCCAUCCCAGAUGUAUAUGACUUUUGUUACAUCCCCUAGGGGCAGGACGCAACAAGGUAAGAGAACGACUCCCACACAACCGUCAGCCCAAACAUGAGAGAACAGAGUAGAAGUUCAACAAUAGUUUUUAUUGUUAAGCAAUUAACAUUAAAAGCAGCAGGAAGGAGGACUUCAGGGUGACCUCUGGCCAAAUACAGUAAUAAAAAAUAAAAAAAUUAUCUAGAAAAGAGAAAUAACCUAAAUGUAUAUAUAAAAAUAAAGAUACAAGACUUAACUAUUCUAACAAAACAGGAACAAACCAUAUUCAAACAAAAAGGGCAGGCCACCCCUACACCUGUCUGCUUUAAAGACAAAUAACUAUUCGAAGUUUCAAAUGAUAAGUCACACACUGCACACUAAGUACUGUGUUUAGACAACACAUGAACAGAGAACAAAAGUUGGUCUGACAGAUGGCAAAGCAUUAGAAACAGCACGACCAGCCUGGAGUCAUGACAGCUCGUCUCUGAAGUGUUGCAGCAGGAUUUUAACAGGCACACCAUCAGAGAGAGCCAAUCGCCUUUGCACAGGUGAUGCAAUUUGCAGAUCAGCUGCACCUGGAAAUGAGUACACAACAAAAACGAACCACACAUAGACGGAGAGUGAGAACAAAACACUGCAGCAGACCUCUAAAACUAGUACGGGACAUAACACUUUCUUUCUUCUGAUGAAUACAAAU